AUGGUGCUCCAGGCGAUCAAGUACUCGCGAGGCCAGCUCGAAAUCCUCGACCAACUAAAGUUGCCGCACGCUGAAGAAUAUGAUCACAUCUACUCUAGCACUGAUGCAUGGCAUGCCAUCAAGGAGAUGCGGACGCGAGGAGCACCAGCCAUCGCCAUUGUUGCUGCACUCGCUCUGGCAGUCGAGUUGAGUAACAUGAAGCUCCCCUCUGUAGCGGAAGAAGUCAAGGUCUUCAUCACAGAAAAGCUAGACUAUCUAGUGACCAGCCGACCGACGGCCGUCAAUCUUGCCGAUGCAGCAGGCAAACUUCAGAGAAUCACAGAAAGUGCCGCCGCUUCGGAAGGUGCCGACGGCGACAGUGUGCGAGAAGCGUAUGUGAGUGCUGCAGAGAAGAUGCUAGUCGACGAUGUGAGCGACAACGAGAGCAUCGGAAAGCACGGCGCCGAGUGGAUCAUGAAGAACACCGAGGCAGGAAAGAAAGGGCCUGUGAGCAUGAUGACACAUUGCAACACUGGGUCUCUGGCGACUGCAGGAUAUGGUACAGCGCUUGGUGUCAUACGGUCACUGCACUCUGCCGGUUCACUGAAGCAUGCCUUUUGCUCUGAAACACGUCCAUACAACCAAGGCUCGCGACUAACAGCCUUUGAGUUGGUUCAUGACAAGAUACCAGCAACUCUCAUAACCGAUUCCAUGGCUGCAGCUUUGCUUCGACUACGGGGCGAGAGCGAGAACAUUGCCGGUAUUGUCGUUGGUGCCGACCGCGUAGCAGCAAACGGUGACACAGCAAACAAGAUUGGAACAUACUCCUUGGCUAUCCUUGCUAAGCAUCACGGCGUCAAGUUCCUUGUAGCAGCACCCAGGACGACAAUUGAUCUAAAGACCAAGUCAGGUGCAGAUAUCGUUAUCGAAGAGCGAUCUGGAAAGGAGGUAACGCUCGUAAAAGGACCCAGGCACGACGGGGUCACGCUCGACCUGGGCGUCAUCGAGACGAUCAGUAUUGCGGCGAACGGUAUCGGAGUUUGGAACCCUGCUUUCGACGUCACGCCUGCGGAACUCAUUGAUGGCAUCAUCACCGAAGUGGGUGUAGUUGAAAAAGACAGCAAUGGAGUAUUCCAUUUGGAUACCGUCUUCAAGGCGGAAGGUUCGGAAGUAAAGCCGUCAACCAUUGGUGGUCUAUGAGAAGAAUGCCUUAUCCAUGUACUCCGAGUCACCGGUACAUGUCGGAUAUGCCACCCAUAAUCAAUAGUUUUUUCGAGGCGCAG